UCACAUGCCGCGGCUGAUGUCCCCAGAGAUGGGAGGCCCGCCAGGAUCCAGCCAUAUUGUUCGUAUUGGCUGAUGAGGCCACUCUGGCGGGGGUUGUCGGGGCUGCUGGCAGCCCCGUACACCCCCAACCGGUCCCUCCGGGGGCAAUACCACACAACCAUUACACCAACGCCAUAC